AUGCAGAAAUUAAGUACUUUCUUUGCUGUUAUUCUCUUCAUGAUCCAUGUUCAUGCACUGACGAGCAUUCCAGUAAGUUCCGGCAGUGGUGACAUAUUGAAACGUUCGGACGACACAUUUUUCCCAAAUGAAAAUUUUACAUUGAUAACCAAUGAAAAGUUACUUCAAUUGAAAGAUCUUGCUGAUGUUAUCGAUGACUCAAAAUUACAUGAAUUAUAUCGCACUGUUAACCAUUAUGUACAACUAGCAAGAAAAAACAAUGAUCUAAAACCAAACUUGAAUGGUAUACUUUACUAUGGUAAAUGA